AUGCCCACUGAGCUCUUUCUAAUUUAUAUAGUCAUUACAUUACCUCCGGUAUCAAUAACAGUUCCUCCUUUUACAACAGCAACAUUUACUUGUGAAGGAACUGGAGACAUAUUGAAUUGGAUAGUAGGAAGUGCUGAACUAACUGACUCCAUUAAACAACAAAGAGAAAUAUCAGUCAAUACUACCACUGUUAAUAAUACUAACUUCUCAUCAGUACUGACUGUUAAUGCACUACCUAUUAAUGAUAGACUGGGAGUGGGUUGUGAAACUAUUACUUUCAAUCCUUUUAAUCGUGUUAUAUCAAACAGUGAACUAACUAUCAGAGGUAUAUCACCAGUUAAAGAUGUUCGACAUAAUUUCACUUCAUAUAAUUUAUUACUAGUAACAUGGUCGCCUCCUGUUUAUUACUCUAAAGGUGUUGAUACUGGAUCAACUUUAAGCUAUCAAGUAUUAGUUAUUGAUGAAGAUGGAGAUGCAAUAGUGAAUACAACUACACCUGAUACGUAUAUUGAAGUUGUUAAUGUCACUGAAUGUGAUACAUUUAAUACCAGUGUAAUAGCAAUACUGGAUCAAUAUACAUCAAGUCAUACUGUCAGUAAUAAUGGAAAUUAUUCAAUUACUGAAUAUGACACACAACUGUUGCUACCUUCCAUUUCUUUUGAACUUGGUUGUUCUCCAUCAAGAUGCCUUGUUUCACUAAUGGAUGGGAAUACUGAAGUUACUGAUAUCAUUGAUGAAACUGAUCAUAUGAUUGGAUUCAAGUUAUCACCUUUCAGACAUUAUGAACUAACUGCUGUAGUUAAGAACCUUAGAGGCAAGACCAAAGCAACUUACAACACUUCAAUAUCUACAUUUCAUGCUCAAAAUAUUUCCAUCAUCUCUUCAUAUGCCAAUGGAUCAGUUAGUGUACAGUGUGUGUUUGUAUCAGGAUCAACUGCUGAUGGAUGUCAUGUGAUAUUUACUGAUACUAGUAAUGGAACAGUUUUUAACGUGUCACUACCACUGGCCCAACAGCCUACACUGGUAACACUACCAGCUGGAAAUUACACAGUGACAGCUUAUGACAUCAUUAACGGAUCAUUAUAUGGGCCUGCUGUGUAUCCUACACCAGUGGAAAUUAUCAAAAUUAUGCAUUCUACUUCUAGUAGUACACAUGAAAGUAUCUCUUCUACUGCCAGUAGUGAGGUUAUUCCUAUUCCUACAAGUUCUACAACAAUUUCUACACUUGGAACUGAAACCACCUCAUCAGCAAGUGAAACUAAUAAUGAUACCAAUAAUGUUGUACCUAUUGUGGCUGGUACAGUCAGUAGUAUUGUACUAGUGAUGUUGAUCAUAUUAGCAGUAUGUGCUAGUAUCACUGGUUAUAAGAGGAAAAGGAUGAAUGGAGUAUUGAUGCGUUUUGACAUUGUUGCUAUUCAACAACCACAAGCUGAGACCAAUCCUUAUCAAGCUAUUCAUGAGUUAAUAAAUGAAGUUCCUAAUAACAUAUCACAAGUAAUAGUGACUAGUAAUAGACCAAUAGAUGAGGAGAAUCCCUACCAUGUUACUAUGAGUGAGUUUCUUCCUGACAAUCAUCACACCAUUCCUUCACAUGCUAUGGGAUUGAUGACACAAGAGCCACGCCCAUCCCUUACAUCAAUGACCACACAAGAAACAACUCUUGAGGACAGCAUAUUAUCAACAACAUCAAAUAAUAUUCAUGAUAGUGCCUACACUACUGUUAAUUUCAGUAAUGGCAUUGUUAGUAUGACUGCUACUAAAACUGCUACUGUUGCUCCUACUUAUGCUGUUAUUGCUAAAAGGACUGAUACUACUGUUCCACCUGCUGUUGAUCAACAUGUUGAAUAUGAUACUGUUACUGGACAUAUUGAUAAGAGAGGAGGAGGUGUCACUGUUUAUCCACCUGAUGACAUUUCUGCCAUUCCUCCUCCUCCUUCCUAUGCUGCUACCAUUGCUCAAGAACAUGGCACUACCGUGAGCAAUUCUCAGUUUAUUAUAGUUCCAGUACAGGUUACUGAUGAUGCUGCAGUAGUUCACGGACAAUAUGAAAAAUAUCCACCAACAUAUACUGGAGAUGAGUAUGGCAGUAAGACUCCAGUACAAGAUCAAACUAACUCUACUGAUGGUGAAGUUGUACCGUCAAAAGCACCAUUAGCCACUUUGGACUCAAAUUUUGCUAAUGAUCGUAAAGAAGGACCUACUAUUGAUGAGCCUCCAAUGAAUGGGGAAGAAAUCUUACCAAUUCAAUUUCGGGAAAAUGUCUUUUGAAAUGUCUCUUCAAGUUAAUAGCUUAUUUGAAGAAGCUGAAAUAGUUAAUGAUCAUGUUUUUGAUCAUAUCAGUGAUGAGAUGGUUGGAGUUAAGCCACGUCCAGUGGUAUUGAAUAGUAGGAAGAAGACUGGAACAUUUGUAACAGGACUUGCUUCAAAGGUUGAAUUGACUACUGCAUGUCAUGAAGUUCAAGCAAGUAAAAAAUGAGUACCAGACACAAAAGGUUUUUGAAUCA